AUGUUGUGGGCUUUAUUGGUUUCUUCCUUAAGUACUGUUCUGGCUUUAGGCGAGAACGUCCCUGUUUAUCAUGCUAGCUCGAAAGACUACGAGUCGUCUUCGGGCUGGCAAGGGCGCAUCGUGUCCGGGUGGGAGGCGCACGAGGGCCAAUUCCCCUACCAGCUGUCCCUGCGCAUGGUCGGCCAGACCGGCCGAGUGGGCGGCUGCGGAGCCACUCUGAUCCACAAUCUGUGGGCCUUGACGGCCGCCCACUGUCCGGCGCAGCGCAUCACCCUCGUCGUCCGAGUGGGAGCGACGGACAUAAAGACGCCUUCAAUGAUGUUCGAGACGACCGAGUAUUAUAACCAUCCUAGAUACAUUGACACUCUUCCCUUCGUGCAGCCUCACGAUAUCGCCCUGAUCAAGUUCCCGAGACGCGUCGAGUACACGGAUUUAAUCCAACCGAUAAGACUCCAAGCGUCGGCGGACAAGGACAAGAAUUACCAAGACAUCGUGUUGACCGCUUUCGGGUGGGGCAGAAACUGGACCGAAGGUGUGUCCCCCGAGGUGAUGAACUGGGUCUACUUACGAGGCGUCUCUAACGCUCAGUGCAGACAAUCGUACAUCGGCUCCUCUAUCAUUGUCGACUCUACGAUUUGCGCUCGCUACUACAACGUUACGAGCCAGUCCGUGUGCCAGGGUGACAGUGGCGGUGGAUUAACUGCGGCGGACUUUGAUGGUAAAGUGACGCAAGUGGGAAUCGCCUCUUUUGUGUCUGGAUCGGGAUGUCACACGAUCCAUCCGGCCGGCUUCAUUCGUCCGGGCCACUACCACGAAUGGUUUACCGAUGUUACGGGAAUCGACUUCGACUGGGUUCCUUCCGAGGAAGAAGGAAGUGGGUAUUUUGAGGAAAAUUUUCUGUUGUAA